AUGUCUUCCGCCUCCAGAGUGGCCCACACGACAGACAUACUCUACAUCAUCUUCUCCCACCUCUCCGCCGGCAACGACCUCACUUCUCUCCUGCGCACAUCUCCCCUCUUCUUCGGCGGGCCCUAUGGAAAGACCGAACUGUUGGAGCUUGUACAGACGGUGGUCGUAGAGCGCGCACCGCUGCCCGUCAAUCAUCCAGUAUGGGCAGAGGGGUACGAACCCCCCCCCCCUUUCCCUGCUGUCGAAACCGUCAUCAUCCACCCCGCCGAUAGGAACGCCCGACAACAUGGCGGUAUCGAUGAGACCUUGCCAGACAACGCCCUCAUCGAGCGACUUUGCCCCACUGCUACUCGGCUACACGUCUCGACACUUUGGUUAACACCUGGCGCCAGGGGUGGUCGUUCUAUGCCUUCUUUGCCUUGUGUAGAGACACUUGUGUUGAAGGCGAACGUGGGGGAGUUUACGCAGCUCAGGUAUCCUGUUGGCGGGGUCUGGGGUAUCGGCCGGAACGUCCGCCCGCCUUGCCUCAAUAUCAAGGCGGUCCAUAUACUGCUUUGGGGCGAUUUAGUAUAUCCUGAGGAGAAAUUUCGAAGCUCUAUUUGGGACAAGGAUUGCGUCGAAGAGCGGGCAAUCAGGUGGCUCAGCCUCUUAACGAACGCCAUACUCAAAGACAAGCGCUUCCACGACCUCUGCAAGAUUUGCGAAGAACUCGGCAUGCGGGGGUCUAUCGACGAGCUUUGGCUGUACAAUGCCGAUACGAUGUUGGAGAGGUUGAAGGUCUUGGGCAUGCCGGAGGAGGCGGCGGAGACUCAAGUCUUUUGGAGGACUGGUCUUGAGUUUUACGAGGCUUUCGGCGAUAUGUUAGUACGAGAUGAGACGGAAGAGUGGUAUCAUUCCGCGGUCCUCGCCCCCUCCUCAGAACUUGUCUCGCUCAGAGCUAGACUGGCAGCCAAGACAAAGUAUCCUGCUGAUACGUUCGUGGGCUUGACGGAACGAGAGGCCGAGUGGACGUUGUCAACUUUCCAAUUUGAGCGGAUGCACAAGUGA